UUCCGUUGUCCUCGGAGCGAUGAGCCGAUUUGGCCGCCUCCCGUCGACACCGCCGCCUCCCCAGGCGUGCUCGAAGCCACCACCCUCCCCCCCGCGGAGACGACACGGAGAGCGAGGUUCAUGAGGGGUUCGAGAAUGAAUCCAGACCGUAGGACACGGAGUAUCAUGUCAGUAGUAAUUGUGAUGGGUUUGUGCUGCUUCUUCUAUAUACUAGGCGCUUGGCAGAAAAGUGGGACAGGGAGGGGUGACAGUAUAGCAUUGAGGGUGACAAAGGAAACCGACUGUACAAUCUUGCCAAAUUUGCACUUCGAGACCCAUCAUAGCAUGGGUGGUGUUAAUCCGUUGAUCAUGAACAAUAAAGUGUUUAAGCCAUGCCAUAUUAGAUACAGGGACUAUACUCCUUGCCAAGACCAGAACCGAGCAAUGACCUUUCCUAGAGAAAAUAUGACCUAUCGAGAGAGGCAUUGUCCUGCAGAAAAUGAGAAGCUGCACUGUCUUAUCCCAGCACCAAAAGGCUAUGUCACCCCUUUUGCUUGGCCCAAGAGCCGUGAGUAUGUUCCGUAUGCAAAUGCUCCAUACAAGAGUCUGACAGUUGAAAAAGCAGUUCAGAACUGGAUCCAGCACCAGGGAGAUGUGUUCCAUUUCCCAGGAGGCGGGACAAUGUUUCCAAAUGGAGCAAGCUCUUACAUUGAUGAACUUGCAUCAGUCAUUCCACUUGCUGAUGGCACCAUUAGGACUGCACUUGACACUGGAUGCGGGGUUGCAAGCUGGGGUGCUUACCUAAUGGAUAGAAAUAUAUUGACCAUGUCAUUUGCACCUCGAGACUCACACGAAGCUCAGGUUCAAUUUGCUUUGGAGCGAGGUGUUCCUGCUGUAAUUGGAGUGCUUGGGACUAUGAAGCUCCCAUACCCAUCUAGAUCUUUUGAUAUGGCCCACUGCUCACGCUGCUUAAUCCCCUGGAAAUCAAAUGAUGGAAUGUACAUGAUGGAAGUGGAUCGGGUUCUUAGGCCUGGGGGUUAUUGGAUAUUAUCUGGUCCUCCCAUCAAUUGGAAGAAAUAUUACAAAACAUGGCAAAGAUCCAAACAAGAUUCAGAGGAAGAACAAAAUAGAAUUGAGAACAUUGCUGAAAUGCUUUGCUGGAAUAAAAUAUAUGAGAAGGAAGAUACUGUUAUUUGGCAGAAAAAGGCAAAUUCAAAUGCAUGCCAUAACAAGAAUGGUCGUGCCAGCAAGAUGUGCAACGUUCAAGAUGCAGAUGACAUCUGGUAUAAGAAAAUGGAAACCUGUAUAACACCUAUCCCAGAGGGAGCACAGCAGCUACAGAAGUUUCCACAGAGACUAUUUGCAGUCCGUCCCAGAAUUCUAGAAGGUACCCCAGGUGUUACAGAAGAAGUCUAUGAAGAGGAUAAGAAGUUGUGGAAGAAGCAUGUUGAUACAUACAAGAGGGUAAACAAGUUGAUAGGGAAGUCAAGGUAUAGGAAUAUCAUGGACAUGAAUGCAGGCCUUGGAAGUUUUGCUGCAGUGCUGGAUUCUCCCGGCUCCUGGGUCAUGAACGUUGUGCCUACAAUAUCAGAGAGGAACACUCUUGGCAUCAUCUAUGAGCGGGGUCUUAUUGGCAUAUACCAUGAUUGGUGCGAAGCCUUCUCUACGUACCCUAGGACAUAUGACCUGAUACAUGCCAGCGGCGUCUUCAGUUUGUAUGAGAACAAGUGUGACCUGGAAGACAUUCUUCUUGAGAUGGAUAGGAUCUUGCGUCCAGAGGGCACUGUCAUACUGCGGGACAAUGUCGAGGUGCUGAACAAGGUCAGGAUGACGGUGACGGGAAUGCGAUGGAAGUCCAAGCUACUUGAUCACGAAGAUGGCCCUCUCGUGCCUGAAAAACUUCUGAUUGCUGUAAAAACGUACUGGGUUGGCAGCAAAGAAGGAAGCGGUUCAUAGACUCUCUUACCCUGCGUCAAGAUUUUGGACUUCUGAUUGCUGUUGGGUGCCGCGUUGGCUGCAGAGAAGGACACAGUUCAUAGAUUCUAUCCCUGCAUCAUGAUUUUGGACUUCCGGUUGAUGUUAAAGAGCAGCGAAAAAGUACAGUUCAUAGAUUCUUAUCCAUGUGCAUCGAUUAAUAGAGCUUGUUCAUAGAUACAGAUCUCUGUUGAGAUGGUAUAGUUGACAAACAUUCAUAUGUGCAUGUGCAUGUCGAUAAAGGAAACAUUAAUUGAUGAAUUUUCUUA